UUAAAGAGCUAAAAAAGAAAAGAUGUCACAUUAAGGAAAUGUAAGAGGAACUUGAGACGCCCUGACGAGACCUGAAUUUCAAAAUAUGGAGCCCAGCAAGGAUUUCAGAGCUUGCAGCGUUUAUCCGACAUACGCUGAAGUUGUUGGAAAUGUUGUAGCACCCUUAUCAGAGAAUAUUGUAGAUAAACCUUUCAAGAAUGUCCAACAAUAUCUGGAAACCCACUUUUGGCUUAUGCGAGAGGAGGUAGUUGGUCCGCUACGGAAAGUGGUGAGCCAGCUUAAAAUCAAAAGAAAUGACGAAGAUUCGCCUUCCUACAUGACGGCAAAAUUCUUGAGACCCGUCGACACAAGUGUAAAAAAGCUAGGUGUAAAGCUUCGCUUCACUGACAGUAGAAUUUCUAAUGGAGAGACCGUCAAGGAGAAAUCAUCGCAAAUCUUAAAAUUUGGCUCCCUAGUUUGCUUUACUUGCAACCUCUUCAAAACAUUGAUCUUUGCCACAAUUAGCCACAGACAAGAGAAUUAUUUCAAGGAGUCUGUGGUAUUUGUCAAGUUGACCUCUGAAUGCAAGGAAGAUAUUUACAAAAAUGAAUAUAUGAUGAUUGAGAGUGAAACCUUCUUUGGAGCAUAUGAGCAGGUUCUUAAAACCCUUCAACUUGCCGACGACAACGACUUCCCUUUUCCUCAAUAUUUCAUUAAAGUGUCUAAAAGCGAUGCACUCCCUAAAUACAUGAGGAACGGCAUCAAAACCAUUUCCAUCAAAGGAGUAGAUCAAGAUUUUAAUUCAGUGCGGCUUUUGGAACCGAAUUCGUGGCCUACGGCCGCUGAAAUCGGACUGGACGAGUCGCAGCUGUUCAGCCUACAAGCCGCCCUGACGAGGGAACUGGCAUUCAUCCUUGGGCCACCUGGAACGGGAAAAACCUACGUUGGCCUCACAGUGGCGCAAAUCUUGAUCGGAAACAAGGCAGCUCUGAACCUGAAAAGGCCUAUUCUGGUCAUCAGCAGCACAAAUCACUCGCUUGAUCGCUUUCUUCUCGGAUUAUUGAACUUUACUGACAAUAUUGUGCGGAUCGGCCAGCAGUCCAAGUUUUCGCAGCUGAACCUCUACAACUACAACAAACUGAAAGGAUCAUGGUACUAUCGUCUCGCAUACCAGGACGUAAUUGGAAUGACAGCGUCCAGGGCAUCAGAUUGGCGUCCAAAGCUCAAUUCGCUUGGCUGCGAAGUGGUGAUUGUCGAGGAUGCCGCUGUGGUGUUUGAUGCUCAGAUGUUUGCAUGCUUGCCAAAUAAUUAUCAACAUUUAAUAAUGAUUGGAGGGCUAAAGCAGCUUGAACUAAAACUAGAAAAUCCUGAUUUAGCAUCAUUUAAAUUAAACGUCUCAUUUUUCAAGAGGAUGUUGGACAACAGGGAGAGCCAGAAACCGCUUCGAUUUCAGUACAGGAUGCCACCUGAGAUGACAAAACUAAUUUCGCCAUUGAUUUACCCCAAGAUGGAGCAUGGUGCAAGUGCGACGAGCUUGCCCGCGCUAAAAUUGCUUACAAAGCGAGUUUCUUUCGUCACCCACAAUUUUCCUGAGAGUCCGGAGGAAAUUGAAGUGCGCACUCCAGAGCAAAUUAUGAAAAAACAGUGGAAGACUGGAAACAGCAAGAAGAAUGACCAGGAGGCAUCUUUUGUGGUGGCUCUCUGUAAAUACUUGCUCUUGCAAAAAGUGGCACCGCUCGAUAUAACUAUUUUGACCACUUACGCGUAUCAGUUGGACCUGAUUAAAAAGCUUAUAAAGGAAGAAAAAUCAAAGGUCAAAGGGUUAUUGGUGACCGUCGAAGUCACAACGGUGGACAAUUUCCAAGGCGGCGAAAAUAAAUUCAUAAUUUUGUCUCUUGUGAGAAGCAACUCCGGGGGAGCUUUGGGAUUUCUGGAAAAGGAGAACAGAAUCGGCGUGGCUUUAAGUAAAGCCCAAAAUGCUCUCAUCAUUGUUGGGAACAUACAAACCCUCACCAAAAGCUGUCCUACUUGGAAGUCGAUCGAGUCGUCCCUGAAGGAACAAAAUGCCCUGAAUGGAUUUCUGGAGUUCAGGUGCACGACCUACCCUACGAAGACUCAUGCAGUUGCUUUUGACGAAGAACUCAUCAAAUCGGAGUGGAUUUGCAGUAAAAAUAGCUGCGAAAAACCGCAUCAGGCACCAGCAUUGACUGCACCCUCUUGUUCUCCUGUUAAGCACAACCCUCAUCAAAAGCCCGGCGAGUAUCCUCAAAAAUCUUUAACGGAGCAAACGCCGAUGUUGGUCGGCAGUGAUUCUUCUGCUAAGAAUUCUGUAAAGGAUUCUAAUGCAAGCGGAUAUUCAACGCUAUCCUCUCAGAAAAUCAAAAGUUCAGAACAAUUUCCGCUGAUGAUCAAAACUAACAUGCCAAAGUUUCCGGUAAUUUCCAUGCCUGUGAAGAUAAGAUUCAACGGUGAUACAAUUCCCUCCAACCAAUCAAAAUGUUAUGCCUCAAGUGGAAGUAGCGUUUCUGGAAGCACUAAUUCGUAUGCUGCGCGCUGCAAGGUUGUGAAGAGCUACGGCCAUAAAUGCAGCGUAGUUUGCCCUCCUGGCAAGGCUCACAAUUCAUCGCAUGAAACAUGUGAAAUAUGCAAUGAGCCUGCCACCAAUAGUUUCAGCAUGAAUUCGCACACUAAUCAAAAUGGGAAAAACUUGAAGAAUCGCAUACAGCCGCCACCCCCGGCUCCGCUAGUGGCUGCAUCAACUCGCCAGCCAAUUGUGAAGCAACCACAGCCACAAGUGGUAGCUCAGGAAUUGCUUGAGAAACCUUUACCACCUCCUUUACCAGAGAUAAACUUUUUUCCGGUAAUUCCCACGCCUGUGAAGAGAGUUUCUUUUAACGACAUUGCGACUCCCUCCAACCAAUCAAGUGGAAGUCGCGUUUCUGGAAUCACUUUUUCGUAUGCAGAGCGCUGCUAUGGUGUGAACAGCUGCGGCCAUAAAUGCAAAGUAGUUUGCCCUCCUGUCGAGGCUCACAAUUCAUCGCAUGAAAUAUGGGAAAGAUGUAUUGAGCCGUGCCUCCGAAUGUGCAAGGCUGGUCUUCAUCGCUGCAAACUACCGUGCUACAGGCAAUGCCACCCUGACUGCUUUGAAAUACGCACCUUGACCAAUUCCUGCGGCAGGCACAGCAAAGAUGUGCUCUGCAAAGACUGGAAAUCCGCCAGCGGCGUUUGCAAGGCUGUUUGCAACAGGCCCAUGUGGUGCGGACACUUAUGUACGAAAAAUUGUCACCAAAACGAUUGUAACACAAGGUGCUUGCGAUGCAGGUUAGCCGUUUUAUUCUGUGGUUGCACACGACAAAAGAGGAUCAGCCAGUGUUGAUUUAUCUAUGUUUAAGAAAAGAAGCGUUGAAGCACUCUCCGCUAAAAUAGCAUUUUAUAUUUUAUCUUAUUCUUUAGCUAGCUUGUAUAUUCUAAUGGAUGGACGUAAAAUCACUGCGCUUUGUCUUGCUAUUAAGACAAGAAGUAAUAUUUUAUUACUUUGAAAUCAAUUCAUGCAUUAUUUUGAUUGAUUUUAUUAAUUAUUCUCCCUAGCCAGUAAAAUAUUUUUAAAUUUUUUUGUAUUCAUUUGUUAUUUUUAUUGAUGCGGAAAUAUGCAGAAAAUAUAUUUUAAAAUAAAUACUAACAAAGAAACGUGCGUGCAUGAUGUGUCAUAAUGCUUCAUAGAACAAAGUAUGCUUCAAAAAAAGCUGACCAUUAGAAUAUUUUUAAUAAAUGUGCGUGCGAUAGCUUGUAUUGUAUUUUAAAUUGAUGACCUAUCAUACUUACUUAGUUGAAUAGAGCAGUUUUAUAAUUUUCAAUCAUGGUUAUGUGAGUUUUCAAGUUAUUUUGCCUUAAAAUAUUUACUAUUGUGUAAAAGGGAACCGAAAUUUUUGUUCACCAGGUAUGCUGCCUUUUCUCACAUUUGUUUUAUAAAAUUUGUGACGGAAAUUUUUUUUAUAACAAGAAUGUAUUUUGACCUAAUGUGAGAAUAAACAAACAAUUAAAGAUAAAAUAAAUUGAAAAAAUUCCAAUCCGUCGUGGGACUCAGAAAUUCUUUUCUGUGGUAUUUUUCCCACCACAACCUUCGUCCGUUCAUUGGCCAUCCACAGGUGGGCGGUUUUGAUUGGAAGGGGGUAGUUUUCUUGGUAGCAGCUGUCAGCCCUGCGUGAUAUAUUCCCCCACCAUUAAUUGCUUGUCUCUU